AUGCAUCUGUCACAAUUUGUGAUAGCAGGAAUAACAACCGAUGAAACUAAAUACCAUUGUGUUGUUUCCGCUUUGGACAGUAAGGCUCUAUCCUCUAUAAGAGAUAUAAUUCGUAACCCUCCCAAAUCUAAUGCAUAUGAGAGUUUAAAAUCUAAAAUAAUCGAAACCUUUUCUCAAUCAGAAUCGGCUCAGUUAAAAUUGCUGCUGCAGGAUUUGCAGUUGGGUGAUAAACUUCCGUCACAGCUUCUGUUAGAGAUGCAAAAUCUCUCUUGCCAAAAGCUUAACAACGAUAUAUUGCGUACUUUAUGGCAACAACGUUUGCCAGUUCAUGUGCAGCAAAUUUUGUCUGUUUGCAAAGACCCAAUUAAUGAACUAGCUUUAAUUGCCGAUAAGAUAUGCGAAAUAUCUUGUUUCCAAUCGGUAUCUGAAGUUAAAAAUUCUCAGGAUAAUUUAACUCUUCAAUCAGUACGUGAAGAAAUUUCGGUUCUUAGCGCUAACGUUGAGAGAUUAUCUAGAUCCUCUAAACAACGUAAUCGUGAUAGAAGUCGCAAUCGUCGAUACAGACAUUCAAAUUCACGUAGUCGUACUCCUGACAAUCUACGUACGGGUAAAUUAUGUUGGUAUCAUAAUCGUUUUGGUAAUAAAGCACACAAGUACAUACAACCAUGCCAAUUUUCGGAAAACUAA